AUGUACAGUGUACGGGGGUCAACACAUGCAAAUGACUGCAGAGAAGUAACUAUUGUUCCUGAUAGUGUAACUAUUGUUCCUGCUAGUGUAACUAUUGUUCCUGAUAGUGUAACUAUUGUUCCUGAUAGUGUAACUAUUGUUCCUGAUAGUGUAACUAUUGUUCCUGAUAGUGUAACUAUUGUUCCUGAUAGUGUAACUAUUGUUCCUGCUAGUGUAACUAUUGUUCCUGAUAGUGUAACUAUUGUUCCUGAUAGUGUAACUAUUGUUCCUGCUAGUGUAACUAUUGUUCCUGAUAGUGUAACUAUUGUUCCUGAUAGUGUAACUAUUGUUCCUGCUAGUGUAACUAUUGUUCCUGAUAGUGUAACUAUUGUUCCUGAUAGUGUAACUAUUGUUCCUGAUAGUGUAACUAUUGUUCCUGAUAGUGUAACUAUUGUUCCUGCUAGUGUAACUAUUGUUCCUGAUAGUGUAACUAUUGUUCCUGAUAGUGUAACUAUUGUUCCUGAUAGUGUAACUAUUGUUCCUGCUAGUGUAACUAUUGUUCCUGAUAGUGUAACUAUUGUUCCUGAUAGUGUAACUAUUGUUCCUGAUAGUGUAACUAUUGUUCCUGAUAGUGUAACUAUUGUUCCUGCUAGUGUAACUAUUGUUCCUGAUAGUGUAACUAUUGUUCCUGCUAGUGUAACUAUUGUUCCUGAUAGUGUAACUAUUGUUCCUGCUAGUGUAACUAUUGUUCCUGAUAGUGUAACUAUUGUUCAUGAUAAGGGCGAACAAUAG